ACACACCACAAACAUGGCGACACUUGCAUUCGACUACACACCCGGCCGACCGGAGAAUAUUGACCAGAUUCUGAACGGACUCGACCGAUACAACCCGGAGACGACCACAAUUUUCCAGGACUAUGUCUUGAGCCAGUGCGAAAGUCAGACAUACGAUUGCUACGCAAACUUGGCGCUGCUGAAAUUAUACCAAUUCAACCCGCACCUCACACGCGACGAAACCACCACAAACAUCCUCGUCAAGUCUCUUACCGUCUUCCCUUCACCCGACUUCAGCCUCUGCCUCUCUCUUCUUCCACCCUACGUCCUGCAAGACUCCAAAGCCACCGGCGGCGCCUCAUCCGGUACUCUCGCGGAAGCAGUGCAAUAUCUCGACGUACUCCACAACCAGCUCAACAACGCACAAUACACCGACUUCUGGUCGACGCUCGACUCUUCCGAUCUCUACGCCGAUUUGACGGCCGAUGUGCACGGUUUCGAGGACAUCAUGAGGUUGAGAAUUGCGAUGGUGGUGUCACAGUGC